ACUUCGCGUCUGCUCCGGUUCGGCCCAGUCGGUCCCACCGAGCAGCUACCCCGGCACGGCCACGGCGUGCCCUUCCGCUGGCUCUAGCUGUCCGAAGACUUGGAGCCAUUUUAAGGAGAAACCAUCUGGCCACACCCCCUCGCGCUCCCGGGAAGCCAAUCCACGCCCGGCCACGCCUCUCCUGGAGCGCCGCGCCGCCGCCAACGGUCGCACGGGUGACGGUUGGGGAGGGCAGCGAUUUGGAGACGAGCUAAGGAAACCUUAGCCGUGGGCCCCGCCCACGGAGCCCGGCUCUGCAAAGCCUGGGAUUAGGGGCCUGGGGGCUGGCACCGCACCUUGGCCAGGUGUUCACAACAGGACCAGGUGCGCAGCCGCCCCGCCCCGGUCCCCGGGAGCCCUGAAUAAUGGCUGAGCACCCGAGGAACAGGCCCCAGCCGCGGCCUAAAACAAUACCCUGAGGGCACCCGUGCUAGCAGGUGUCCCCCCUCCUUAGGGACAGUCGGUGGAGGCCUGCCUGGGGCGGGUGGGCAACAGGUGCUGACACCAGAACCGCGCCUGGGGACGGAGUCGGCUGAGACAGAUGUCCGCGCCCACUGCGCCGGGCAAGUUGCGCGGCGCCCUCCGGGACGCAGGGGGCGCUGUGGCCGCGCGGAGACAGACAGCAUUGCGAUCCCAUCACCCCUCGGACCCCGAGUCCAAGGCGCCGUGCAGCCAUGGCCACCGCUCUUGGCUUUCGCUGCCUGUCGCGAGCGCAGCCUGCGCGGCUCUGCCGGCGGCGCGCGGCUCUGCUGUGGACCCCGCGCCGCAGCCACCGGCUCUCUCCCGCGGACGACGAGCUGUACCAGCGGACUCGCAUCUCCCUGCUGCAGAACGAGUUCCCGCAGGCCGUGUACAUUGACAGCUACAAUAGCAGAGGCUUCACCAUCAACGGAAACCGCGUGUUAGGCCCGUGCGCGCUGCUCCCACAGACGGUGGUCCAGUGGAAUGUGGGAUCUCAUCAGGAUAUCACUGAAGAAAGCUUCUCCCUUUUCUGGAUGCUGGAGCCUAGAAUAGAGAUUGUCGUGGUGGGCACUGGAAACAAGACUGAGCGGCUGCACUCCGAGGUACUACAGUCCAUGAGGCAACGGGGCAUCGCUGUGGAGGUGCAGGACACGCCCAAUGCUUGUGCCACUUUCAACUUCCUGUGCCAUGAAGGUCGAGUGACGGGAGCCGCCCUCAUUCCCCCUCCUGGAGAGACUAGACUCACUUCCGUGGGUCAAGCUGCCGAGUGAAGCACCAGGAACAGUCAAGGACCCCCAUUGUCUUCCCGCCUCCCUUGGUACUUUCAACACUUGCCCAGGAUAAUGACUUACACUUCCAUGUACAAGCAUCAGUUGUGUUACUGGGUGUGGUUGCUGACUGGGGGGUUGGAAAUCUAGGGUUAAUCAUCUUCAGACAAUGUAGGAUUCUCUAGCCCUUGAAAGGCUGGGAGGCAGUGUUCACUACUUGCUCAUAUGCAGAUUCAAGGGGACGCCAAUAGACUUUUUAAAAAGGA